AUGGUUGAAAAGGCUGCUUCCACUGCCGGCCUUCUUGGCCACGCCGAGCCCGCGGCAUCGGCCCGCGCUCCGCGACGCGGCGGCUUCAACGCCGUGGUCAAGGCCAUCCUGGUCUCGGCCUGCACCGCCAUCUUUGUUGGAUCGGCCGUGCUCCUCUGCUCCUCGCACGGAUCGACCGACGAGCUGUACUUUGCUCUCGGAAGGUACCUCGAUGUGCCCCAGCCCUCGCACCUGACCGCCUCGUGCCCGCAGCAGCAGCCCUACCAGCCCAAGGGUGAGCCCGCCUCGGUCGCCCUCGACGUCCUCGCCGACCGCCUCAGCAAGGCCAUCCAGAUCGACACCACCGUCGGCGACAACUGGCCCAGCCCAAAGGACGACCCGGAGAGGUGGCGCGCCUUUGACAAGUUUGCAGACUACCUCCGCACCUCUUUCCCGCGCGCCCACGAGCGCCUCGAGCUCGAGAAGAUCAACGAGCAUGGCCUCUUGUACACCUGGAAGGGCUCCCAGGGCGACCUCAAGCCCCUCCUCAUGAUGGCCCACCAGGACGUGGUCCCCGUCAACCCCGAGACGCUCGGCCAGUGGGUCCACCCUCCUUUUGACGGCUACAUUGACCGCGACAACCAGACCGUCUGGGGCCGCGGCGCCACCGACUGCAAGUCAUGGCUGGUCAGCAUCAUGUCGACCGUCGAGGCCAUGCUCGAGCGUGGCUUCGAGCCCAAGAGGACCAUCCUGUUCAGCUUCGGCUUCGACGAGGAGAGCAACGGCCCCCAGGGCGCCGCCCACCUCUCGGCCCGGAUCGAGGAGGUCUGGGGCAGGGACAGCAUUGCCAUGCUGGUCGACGAGGGCAACCCGAUCCUUUCGGCUUCCGACCCCAUGGCGCCCGGCAUCAGCGUUGCGCUGCCUGGCGUCGAAGAAAAGGGACUGCUCGACAUUGAGGUCACGAUCGAGACGUCGGGCGGGCACUCCUCCGCUCCUCCGCCUCACACGUCCAUCGGACUCGUUUCGCGCGCCGUUGCCGCUCUCGAGGACGCCCGCGACCGCCUCGAGGCCGACCACCUGAUCGACCACAGCGCCUCGCUCACCUUCCUCCAGUGCAUCCGCGACGCCCCCGGGUUCCCUCCCAACCUGCGGACCGCGCUUAAGGACCUGGACUGGGCGUCGCGAUCUUCCAUCUUUGGCGACGCCUCGGCCAUCGCGUCCUUGCCGCUCCCGUCGGGCAUCGACGCGCUGGCCGCCAGCACCAUCGGCCGCAUCCUCGACCGAGGCAAGAACCGCAGGAUCCGUCGGGCCAAGGAGCGCAUCGUGCACGCCAUGCCCGACCAGCUGCGCGUGCCCUUCCUCACCACGACCGCCGCCGACGUCAUCCACGGCGGCGUCAAGCUCAAUGCGCUCCCCGAGUCGGCGUCGGCCUUCCUCGACCACCGCAUCGCGUCGUCGAGCGGCAUCGACAAGCUGCACAAGCACUACAUCAAGACCCUCACGCCCCUCGCCCGCGAGCACGGCCUGUCGUUUGAGGCGUUUGGCAACGCCGUCAACGUCACUGGAGGCGCGGCCGGCUCGCAGGGCAAGCUGACGAUCAAGCACCUCCGCCAGGGCUUUGAGCCCGCGCCCAACACGCCGCUCGUCGGCGACGAGGCCGCCCCCUGGAACCUCUUCUCGAGCAUCAUCCGCUCGACGUGGAAGAACGAGGACGGCUCGCCCGUCCUCGUCGCGCCCUCGAUGAUGCAGGGCAACACCGACUCCCGCUACUUUAACAACCUCACCAAGCACAUUUUCCGCUUCGGACCCAACACGGUCAUGGCCGACAAGACGGGCCUGGGCGCCAUGACGGGCGUGCACACGAUCAACGAGCACUUUGCCAUCCAGGGUCUGGGCGAUGCCGUGCGCUUCUACUCGACCCUCUUCCAGGCCGUUGGCGACGAGAAGCUCUGA